AUGUGUCAUAGAAGAGAAGAACGGGGCUGGUAUGAAUGGAUAGAAGACAAGGAAAUGUGCCAGAAUAGUUUCAAAACAUCCACGAGUACAGUCAAAAAGUAUCUUCAAAACAAUGAUGUAUUAACCAAAGAAGUAACUGUAACAGAAACUUUGUCAAAUAAGCCUAAAUGGGCAGAAAAGUCAGAAUCAGAAGAAAAAUCAAUACCAACAAUGGACACAUUCGAUUCAGCUGUACUUCAAAAAAUUAAGGCAAUUUCAGGCGAAGAUAUUUCUCAUAAACACGCUUCUGAAGGUAGUUAUUAG